GGAGCCGGCAUGAAGGAGCAGAGGAACCGCCGCUCAGAGGCUGAGCUGGAGGAGAAGAAGUAUCACCAUCAUCAUCAUCAUCAUCUUCUCCAUCAGGAUGUUUCCACACUGAUGCUCUGACAGCGAGGAUCUAACAUCACAGCUGCAGCAUGGGCGUGGGAGAUGAAAGCGGCGUGAUUCCACAGAUAUAAGCAGGGUGGAGGAGAAGAAGGAGGAGGAGGUGGUGGAGGAACAGGAGGAAGGUGUGAGGAGGGAAACCCGCGUGGUUCUGAGGUUCGGUUUGGUGUCACGUCUCCGACAGAAGGAGGAGGAGGAGGAGUAAUUUUCAAAAAAGUACAGUUUUUGUCAAAUCCAGUCUCCUCUGGAGUUUUGAAGGAUGGAGAAAGGUCAGCAUCAGCAUCAGCAUCAUCAGAUGUCCAGAAGCGCAGAGAGCGCGCAGCAGCAGCAGCAGCAGCAGGUAAAGGAGGUGGAGGAGGACGUCUCCAAAAUCCGCGACGAGGAGCUGCUGCUGAAGUGGAGCAAAGAGGAGGUGGUGCGGAGGCUGCGGAGGUCCGAGGCAGAGAAGAGGAGCGUCAUCGUGGAACACGGCAAUCUGAUGCGCGAGGUCAACCGGAGACUCCAGCAGCACCUGAACGAGAUCCGGAGUCUGAAGGAUGUGAACCAGAAACUUCAGCAGGACAACCAGGAGCUGCGGGACCUGUGCUGCUUCCUGGACGACGACCGGCAGAAAGGGAAGCGUGUGCUGCGCGAGUGGCAGCGUCUGGGCCGCUACAGCGCCGGCCUGAUGAGGAAGGAGGUGGCCAUCUACCUGCAGAAGCUGAAGGAACUAGAGCAGCGGCAGGUGGAGAUCAUCCAGGAGAACCAGGACUUCAAGGAGCUGUGCCUCUUGCUGGAGGAGGAGCGAGCAGCAGCUGUGGCUGAGGGUGGAGGAGGUGGAGGUACGGGUGGACAGGUUGGCCCCGGCUGCAGGAGCUCCAUCGACAGUCAGAGCAGCUUGUCUCAGUUGGGUGGAGGCGUCUCAGUUGCUGGUCUGCUGCGAGAUGUUGGUGAUGGUAGCAGUACAUCUAGUGCGGGGAGCACAAGCAGUCCCGACAACCCUCACCACAAACCGCCCACCCUGGGCUCGAGCCUCAGCUCCGGUUGUGGGUCGAGCUGCGUGUCCUCGGAGCACACAAAAAACAAACCGGACAAUGUUUGCGAAUCAACCGGGAGGAGGAACAGCUCCACCUCUGAGUACCACACCUUCCCACAGCCCUGCCGGCCACGUGGUGGUUCCCUCACAAACCUGGACCCUCACAGGCUGCGGGGUCACAGCCCAGAGAAGCACAGUAGGUCUCCCACCAGGCUACCGUGUGAAUCCCACCUCAAAUCCUGCAGUGCUGAUCUGCUGGCUCACAAACAGCUCAUAAUGUCAGGACAGGGGUCCACCAAGUCCAGUCCAGAGCUGAGUCAAAGACACCGGUUUGUUAGCACAGUGGGGACGGCUCAUGGGAGUCCAGAGACCAAGCAGCCAGGGGCGGGGACACCUGAGCUGGUGAGGAAGGGGAGGGUGGUUGUGGGGAGUCCGGAGAUGAUGCGGCACCACUAUCACUGCCACCACAGUCCUGGUCUGGAUCACAGUAAGGGGAGGUACGGCAGUGGGUCCAGUACCAGCAGAGAUGGGGUUCAGAGGAGACCAGUGGGGGAGGAGCUUUCCCCGCACCACCAGAGUCUGUACAACGCUCUGAUAUCUGCUGGCUGCUGCACCAGUGCCUGUAGAAGUGUCAAACUUUGGGAUAGCUUUGACGCUUCCUGACCCUGACAUGCCUCCUCAGAUGCUGCUGCGAUGACUCACACACACACACUCUCACACACACACACACACACACACACACACUCUCACACACACACACACACACGCCCCCAAGAGAGAGACGGAGUUCUCGUUGAGUUAUUGAACAAGAGGGACAAAGUGGAUCGAUGCAUAACUAGAUGGAUAUAUAUGACAUGAAAAAUUAGAAAUUAGGCGUUGAAGGGCGAGGGGGAGCCGACGGAACAAGAAGACUAAGUGGCAAAACACUGGAAACACUUGAACACACACUCUUUCUCUCUCUGUCUGUCUUUGCCCUGUCUGCUGCUGCUGCUGCUGCUGCUGCUAUGCAUUAACCACCACACUGAAUGUGAGUGUACAGAUGAGCGGAGACAUCGCAUCUGCACUGCUAAAAAAGAAAGAAGACAGAAAAAAUGGAUUUUUGUAUCGCCAGCAGAAUUGUCCUACCUCCUUUGGAAAGACAGGAGAGAGCGUCUGGAUGAAGAGUAUGUGAAGUAUAUGAAGUAUAAAGACUGGAAUUUACAUUUCACCCUCAUUUUCUACACAAUCACAGCGACAGUGAUUAUGCUAAACGUUACACAGUAUGUUUUAGGUAAUUCUACUUUGACAAAAGACCUGGAACUGAAACACAAGAGGAUUUAGAGGUAAUUUUAACCAGAGACUCCGUUAUUUAAAGGAUAAAAGGCUUUUACAUACUCUGCAAGAACACAGAAAUGUGUUAUUUUUCUCAAAGGUGGAACUAGAACAGAAUUAGUUCUGGCCAGGACAUUUCAUACUUCACGAAAAACUCAAGUGCAGAAAUCCUGGAAAGUUUUUUAACCCUACCAUUUGGCAAAGCUAACGUUUGGCUAAGUUAAAAUUUGGCAAAGAUAAUGUUCAGUAAGGCUAAUGUUUGGUCGAUGUAAUGUCUUUGUGCAGAACUCCUGGGAAGUUUACACUUUUCCGCAUUAACCAUUCUCUUCAAAUUUCAAAUUUCUGACCGAUCACACAAUAGAUAUCGGACGCAAGAAAAGGUUCUGCCCAGAUGUGCCAAAAACAAGCUGCGAUAACAAAUAUCGCUCUUCUUGCAGAGUAUAUAGUAUGUAUGUGACAAAAAUUACUAAAGAGAAAGAAACUAAAAGAGAUAAAAGAAUGUCUGGCUGUAGCUAAAUGAGCUAGUAAAUGAUACACACACACAUAUAUAUAAAAAUAUGCUGUAUCGGACAAAUAUCGGUAUAGAAAAAAAGAAUACCCAAGUCAGUAUCCAACUGCUUAUUGUUCCAGAUUUCCAGGUGUAAUGCAGGAAUAAUGCCUGCAACAGCGUUGUAUCUAAGUGGAACCUUCUAUCUUCUAUUAUUUCAGUAAGUACAGCUUUCUGUGUUAUUGCAAAAUAUAUUAAAAUAGGACGGCGCAGUUACCAGCAGAGUUGAUAUGAACUUUGCGUCUGAAGCGAGUUCAAGUUUUCUCAUAAUAUUCCAUGUUGUGCAGCCACCGUGUGGAAUUUUGUUCUUUUGUCGUCAUUUGAAACAAGUAUUCAAGGACGUGUACGGAAAAAACGUUUGGAUCAUUUUCUUCUCCUCGUUAAGCUUUUGUGUCGACAUCCGUUCCUAUACCGACAGUGUUUGGUCAUAAAAUGCCUGUGUGUGUAUGUGUAGAUGGCUAAUUCAUUCAUUUCCCACACUUCCAGGUAUCUAGUCAUGGACAUGUGAUGCAUUUCUUUGUCUCAUAAGCAAUACAUACAGUAUAUACAU